CUAGAUCUAUCACAACACAUUGUGGCAGACACAGGCACAGUAUAAGAGAUUACAAAUUAAAUUUGUACAAGAAGUUGUUUGAAAUAAUUAAAGAAAUUAAAUUGAAUUUAAAUUUUGUUAAAUUUAUAACUAAAAAACAACAACAACAUGUAUAAAUUGUACCUCUUAGUACUAGCUGUGCUCUGCAGUAGCCAAUCUUCUUUGGCUGGCUUCUUGGGUGGCUAUGGAGGUUACGGUGGCUUUGGCGGUCACGGUCUUAGCUAUGGUUAUGGCGGUGGUCAUGGCAUCGGCUAUGGCUAUGGUGGUCAUGGUGGUGGUGCUGUUAUAGCUGCUGCUCCCGUUGCUGUAGCUGCUCCUGUAGUAACCAAAGUUGCCGUUGCACAGCCCAUUAUAACAAAGACCAUUACACCUGUUAUUACGAAGACCAUUAGUGCUGCACCCAUUACUGUGACUAAAGUAGCAGCUCCUGUUGUGGCAGCACCCGUUGUAGCUGCUCCCGCCUAUAUAGGCGGAGGUUAUGGCGGUUAUGGUCAUGGUUAUGGUGGGGGCUAUGGUCAUGGCAUUGCCAUUGGUGGUCUUUAUGGCGGUCAUGGUUAUGGUGGUGGCCAUGGUUGGUAAGCAGGAUAUUUGCAAAAGCAAUUAGAGAGUUAUGUUUCUUUUUUUUUUUAAUUGAGAGAUAAGAAAAAGCUAAAUAAUUGAGAGAAACAUAAAAUCUUGCAUUUAAUCAGAAAUCAUAUUAUACAUCAUUAUUUUCUUUUAACAUUUGUAUAUCAACAAUCAUCUUUCCAUCGUUUGUAUUGCAUUAAAAAAACAAAGACACACAAAUAAUUAUAUUUUAAACCUGCCAAAUAAACAGUCAUAUUCAUUAUUAUUUUUAAGCUUAAUAUGAUCAUUAUGAAAUACAUAUAAAUAUUUAAUAAAUGUUAUUAAUAAUACUAACCAUUUUGUAUAUAUAUUUGUUUUAUAUUAUAUUCAAUCAUUAUGUACCUUAUUUAAUCAUUUCUUAAAAAAAGUAUAUUGUCCAAAAUGUUUAUGACUAAAUAAUUUUAUAAAUUAUCAAAUUUAAACCAGCCAAUAAAGCACAAUUAGCACCAAAAAUGUGUGCUCCAAAGAA